AUGGCGCUGCGUGGUGCGGACAAAGAGGCAGUAGAUGCAGUGCACCGGGACCAGAUAUUCCGUGAGACAGUGCAGAAGGAGCUGCGCUGCCAGCACCUGCACACGCACUUCAGCUUGAACCCGCAGCGCCGUAUCCACACAUUCACUAGGAAACCAAUGUCUUGGCACGACAAUGUGGAGGAGCCUGUGGACACUGAAUUUCUGAAUCUCAUUCACCACGCAACAUUGGAGCCAAGCAAGAAAUAUUCGGAGCCACAAACAGAGAGCCAGGAAAUUGGUUGGAACAGCACACCUUUGAUCAGCAUGGACCACACUGACCGCAGGCUCAAUUUUCCACGCCGGAAGACCGAGAUCACCAAGCACAUGGAAGCUAUGUGGAGCCUAAAGGAACAGAGUGGGAACAUGAAGGGUGGCUCUGCUACAUAGGUGGGUGGGUGAUGACAGUUUUCCACACAAUUUCUGCCUCCUUGUGCCAUUUGUACAUAUGUACAUUACAUGGCUAUUGAUUUCUGGAAGG